AUGGGCAAAGGCAGCGGCGGCGGAAGUGGAUCUAAGGGCGGAGGCUCGAGUGGACGAUCUGGAUCGAAGGGCGGGAGCUCGGGAAGCUCCAAAGCGGCCGCUGACAACCGCUCGAACCAGAUGAACCCCAAUAACUCGGCCUACUACUCGUCACGCGCGCACGGAUAA